GUCCCGAGGACCCGACAACCGAGAGAGAACAGAUGUUCAGAACUUAGUGGGACGUCGGUCGGUGACUCGUCCAAAUUAUAACGUAGUUACCUGCCUACGCAGCUAGUUACUCCGUUUCACUUCUUAGUUACCUAUCUGUUACCUACAAUGUCUGUGAUAUACCGAUCUUUAGUGCGCACGGCGGACAGAUUUGUUCCACCAAAAUUCCAGCCAAUGUGGAAUCAUCCAGCAGGUCCUAAAACUGUUUUCUUUUGGGCUCCUGCCUUCAAGUGGGGUCUUGUCAUUGCUGGCCUGGGUGAUUUGAAGCGACCAGCAGAAAAGUUGUCACCAAGCCAGUCUGGAGCUCUAGCAGCCACUGGAGUCAUUUGGUCUAGGUAAGUUUUAAUUGUAGAUUUGUUUUAGAAA